AAUCCAAUUCAUCAUGACCUCUCUUCCUCCCAGAAGCUGCUGCUACCAGGGCGUCAAGCACGAAGGCGAAGCCACCGGUAGCUUUUCCCAGCUCAAUGACUUUGAGAUCUACACCAGCUACCCCGCCGACAAGUCCACCGAGCACGGUGUCUUGCUCAUCACCGAUGUCAUCGGUCACCGCUUCAUCAAUGCUCAGCUGAUUGCCGACCAAUUCGCCGCCAAUGGCUACUUUGUCCUGAUGCCCGACCUCUUCUACGAAGAUGCCAUCCCCUUGAACCGCCCCGCCGGCUUCGAUCUCAUGGCAUGGCUGGGUGGUGCGUACCACAAGGACAAAAAGGCCCACACUCCCGAGGUCGUCGAUCCCAUCAUCGAGGCUUGUCUGAACGAGAUGCGCACCAAGUAUGGGUGCAAGAAAAUCGGCGCGGUCGGCUACUGCUUUGGUGGCAAGUAUGUCGUGCGCUACCUCCGGCCCGGCCAGGUCGAUGCCGGAUAUACUGCGCAUCCUUCCUUUGUCCAGGAAGACGAGCUGAGAGCCAUCAAGGGACCUCUGGCAAUUGCUGCCGCGGAAACCGAUGCCAUCUUCCCCGCGGAGAAGCGCCAUGAGUCGGAGGUGAUCCUGAAGGAACUGGGCCUGCCCUACCAGAUCAACCUGUACAGCGGUGUUGAGCACGGCUUUGCGGUUCGUGGUAACCCGGAGAAGCGGACGGUGCAGUACGCCAAGGAGAGUGCUUUCUUGCAGGCCGUUCAGUGGUUCAAGGAGCACCUGUAGGGGCUGAUUAUCCGUAUGAGGGUCUACCUGAUGGAUGUAUGAGAUAUGAACUACAUUUAAAAUACAAUUAUUGCCUCCAAG